AGCAGCAUUCUUGCUCCCUCUCAUUUUCGCUCUGAGCUCUCGGAACGCGAGAACAGAGCUCACAGUUCUUCGCAAAUCUUAACGAGAUUAGAGAUGGCAACGUUUGAGCUGUACCGUCGGUCUACUAUUGGAAUGUGUUUGACCGAGACUUUGGAUGAGAUGGUCUCGAAUGGGGUUCUUAGCCCAGAGCUCGCCAUUCAAGUCCUUGUUCAGUUCGACAAGUCUAUGACUGAUGCUUUGGAUAAUCAAGUCAAGAGCAAAGUCUCUAUAAAGGGACAUCUUCACACCUAUAGAUUCUGCGACAAUGUCUGGACAUUCAUCUUGCAAGAUGCGUUAUUCAAGAAUGAGGAAUGUCAAGAGAAUGUAGGACGAGUGAAGAUUGUGGCAUGCGACUCUAAACUUCUCACACAAUGAGAUGCUUCACUAAAAGAAGCAGCAGCAGCAGCUUAUUAGAGAAAGAAAUGUUUGAAUUCCUUCUUCCAAAUUAGGUUGUUUGUGCAGCUGCAGGUAAUUGAAUGAAACUUCUGUUUCCCUGUAAACAAAUCUGAUAAUAUUGUUUAGACUACUCUCAAGUACCUUCCCAAAUGCUUUUCCAACUUCCUUCCUUCCUCUUUAAAUUACUAUUUGCAAUGUACUGAAUUUUUUUACCUUAUGAAGAAACCCCUGCAAAUAUUCCUAA